AUGACAAAGAAUGUCGAAGUCGGAACGUUUACUAAAACUGCAAUUGUCUUCGAUCGUGUCAAACUACUGGAUGUCGACAUAUUACUUAAAGACAUUGGACUUCUGAGCACGCCGUUCGAGCUGAGGUUCUAUAGCGACUAUCUUGGUGAAGGAAUGCGCGAGGCUCACGAAAAAGGCUGUCGAGCACGAAAAGAAGCUGAAUCUGUGCCUUCCCUAAUCGUGGAAUUUGCGGAGACUAUCGAAACAUUAGUAGUGAAAUCAAGGGACUUGUGGGGGUUUAAAGUAGUCCUGAGGGUGGAGUUCAUUGAUUCUGAUGGAGAUCCUGAAUUGAUGGAACUCGGACGACGGGCCAGUAUUGGACAGUAA